AUGAUCUCUACCGACGAGCUACAAGGCAAGCUCGCCUUGAUUACGGGAGCAUCUGGGGGAAUCGGCAAAGCUUGCGCCAACAUUCUCUAUCGCCAAGGUAUCCAUCUUGCUCUGACGUAUUCAUCAUCAAAAGGCGAUGUCGACCGUCUUGUCGAAGAGCUGAGCGAGGUUGAGCUGCCAAAGCAAUUUGGCCGGCCAAACGUUUCCGUUCACCAAGUUGACAUGGCUGCCUCCGAGCAAAUUAGUCGAGUGUUUGAAGAAGUCAAGACUAAACAUGGACAAUUUCCGGAUAUCCUACUCUCUAAUGCCGGCCAUGGCAAGCGCAUCCCGAAUCUGGAAGAUAUCAGCCUCGAUGAAUGGGAGUAUACCAUCCGCGUGAAUUUGACAGCAUCAUUCAUACUGUGCAAGCUAGCCGUACCACAUAUGAAGGCCAAAGGAUGGGGACGCAUCAUCUUGAUGGGUAGCAUUGCAGGUUACGGGGGAGGCAUCAACGGUUGCCACUAUGCCGCAUCUAAAGCCGGAUUGAUGGGCAUGGUGAAAAAUCUGGCUCUCAAACACGCCCCAGAUGGUAUUACCAUCAACGACAUUGCCCCUGCAAUGAUUGGUGGUACACGCAUGAUUCCUGACGCCCAAUUUGUUGAGGGCACGCCGGGUGACAUACGGAACAUUCCUGUUGGGCGACUUGGCAAGCCGGAAGAGGUCGCUAAUGUAGUCAUAAUGCUAUGUAAGACGGGAUAUAUGACGGGCCAAAGCAUAUUACUCAGUGGAGGGCUAAAAUAA